AUGACACUCGUGCAUUCUUUGCGCGUUUUCUUGUCGAGGCGCAGUUUCACCAAAGAAGCUGCGAGGCGUUUGCCUCGACACGUCACCAGCAUCGGUGCGUUUCCGCGUGAAGAGCGACUGCUGGCGCGUUCCAAACAACGCAUUAUAGCGCUCGUGUGCGGCCAACAAAGGCGCGCACUUGGUCAGCUCGUGCGAAGUGCUCGUCCUGCGGUAGACACCGAGUCACCGGCGCGAGCGAAGCGACGCGUUGCUACCCAAGCGACACCAUCCUACGCUGUGGUGGAACACGAGUACGACGCUGUUGUGCUGGGCGCUGGCGGUGCAGGCCUCCGAGCAGUUAUUGGCUGUGCUGAGGCCGGUUUGAAAACCGCCUGUGUCACGAAACUGUUUCCAACGCGCUCCCACACCGUUGCCGCACAAGGGGGUAUCAACGCUGCGCUUGGGAACAUGACCGAGGAUGACUGGCGCUGGCACAUGUACGAUACGGUGAAAGGUAGCGAUUGGCUCGGAGAUCAGGACGCGAUUCACUAUAUGUGUCGAGAAGCGCCGAAGGUUGUCAUCGAGUUAGAGCACUACGGCGUGCCUUUUUCGCGUACGGAAGAUGGCCGUAUCUACCAGCGGGCGUUUGGUGGCCAAAGUUUGAAGUUCGGGAAAGGUGGACAAGCAUAUCGCUGCGCUGCUGCCGCGGACCGCACGGGGCACGCGCUCUUGCACACACUCUACGGGCAAGCGCUGAAACACAAUGCGGAUUUCUUCGUGGAGUACUUCGGUCUAGAUCUGAUCAUGGACGAGGAAGGAGUCUGCCGCGGUCUGAUGGCGCUCUGUCUAGAGGACGGUACGAUUCACCGUUUCCGGUCCCAUGCGGUGAUUAUCUGCACUGGUGGCUACGGAAGAGCGUACUUCUCGGCAACUUCAGCGCACACUUGCACAGGCGAUGGUAACGCCAUGGCUGUCCGUGCUGGUAUACCACUGCAAGACAUGGAGUUUGUACAGUUCCACCCGACAGGAAUCUACGGCGCAGGUUGCCUCAUAACGGAAGGCUGCCGCGGUGAAGGCGGUAUCCUGCGAAAUGGCGUUGGUGAACGUUUCAUGGAACGCUAUGCACCUAGCGCGAAAGACUUGGCAAGUCGUGAUGUCGUCUCGCGUGCGAUGACCCUCGAGAUCAUGGAGGGUCGCGGAUGUGGACCCCAGAAGGAUCAUAUUCAACUGUUUCUGAAUCAUAUUCCCCCAGAGAUUUUGAAGGAACGUCUUCCUGGUAUUAUGGAGACCGCACGCAUCUUUGCUGGUGUCGACGUCACCAAAGAGCCGAUUCCCGUCCUUCCGACGGUUCACUACAAUAUGGGCGGCAUCCCGACCAACUGGCGAGGUGAAGUCCUGCGCCCCACAGCAUCGGAUCCGGACGCAGUCGUGCCGGGUCUUCUCGCAGCUGGAGAAGCCGCCUGCGCUUCUGUCCAUGGCGCCAAUCGCCUUGGCGCAAAUUCCCUGCUGGAUAUUGUUGUAUUUGGACGUGCUUGUGCGCAUGCUGUGGCGGAGCAAGUUCGCCCGGGAAUGCCUCACAAGCCGCUGCCGGCGAAUGCCGGUGAAGACGCUAUCGCGAACUUGGAUCGCUUUCUCCACGCGAACGGGAGCAUCAAGACCGCGGACUUGCGUCUGAGAAUGCAGAAAAUCAUGCAGAACCAUGCAGCUGUCUUCCGGGCGAAAGACACACUGGAAGAAGGAUGCAAGCUGAUCGACGAGUGCUACUCGGACUUGAAUGAGGUGCGUAUUGCCGAUCGAUCCCUAAUCUGGAAUACGGAUCUGAUCGAAACAUUAGAACUGCAGAAUCUGCUCCAGAAUGCCGUAGCCACGAUGCACAGCGCAGAGCAACGCAAGGAGUCACGAGGUGCGCACGCGCGCGACGACUUUCCCAAGAGAGACGAUGAGCACUGGAUGAAGCAUACACUGGCAUGGGUACAUGCACAGGACGCGCUGCCUGCGAACGCGUCACCAGUGCGGAUAGGCUAUCGACCCGUCCACGACUGGAGCCUCGACGAGAGCGAGCAGACGCCUUUUCCACCGGCGCAACGGGUUUAUUAA